UUCAACCAAGAUAUCAUCAUACCAAACAAGCACAAUCUAGACCUCGACUCCAUUGGCCUAUGCGAUAACCUAUUCCGGUUACACUACCGAUUCACUUGUCCCAGACAGGUCGGCCUAGAACAUUGUCAUCAACAGUCAGCUCUUGCCAGCUAGGGGACUGCCGCCUGGUGAUUACUCGAAAGCCUCUUCAGCCGGCUAAAGAAACCGUCAUCUACCCUACCAACAUACUGUCUCAUAGCCAGCAACCAUGAGCCACACCGUGAACUCGAGCACCAUGAACCCGUGGGAAGUUGAGGCGUAUCAGCAAUACCACUAUGACCAAACUGCACCCACGGCCAACCCUCUCUUCUUCCAUACGCUCUACGCUCCCGGCGGUUACGACAUCAUGGGCUAUCUGGUUCAAAUUAUGAGCAGGCCAAACCCCCAGGUGGACUUGGGCCCGGUUGACACGUCAUGCGCUCUGAUUAUGUGCGAUCUGAAGCAAAAAGACCAGCCAAUUGUGUACGCGUCGGAAGCCUUUCUCUAUAUGACAGGGUACAGCAGCGCCGAGGUCCUGGGGAGGAACUGCCGGUUUCUUCAGUCGCCCGACGGCAUGGUCAAGCCAAAAUCGACGAGGAAGUACGUCGACCCCAACACGAUCAAGAAGAUGAGGAAAGCGAUCGACAAGAACGCCGAGGUGCAGGUCGAGGUGGUCAACUUCAAGAAGAACGGUCAACGGUUCGUCAACCUCUUGACGAUGAUCCCGGUGCGAGAUGAGACAGGGGAAUACCGGUACAGCAUGGGUUUCCAGUGCGAAAAGGAAUGAAAGCGGCGAGAGUUACGAAUGAGGAAAGGAAAGGAAAGAGAGAGAGAAGUGGGACGAGAGAGGCAACAGUAACAACAACACCACACCGCGCGAUCACUACAAUCACAACAACAACAACAACAAACAAGGGAGAGAGGGUUAGAAACGAUACCAUCUGGCACACGUCGGGGCGUUUUAGGGUUUUGCUUUUUUUUGCUGUCAUUCCGGGGUUCACUACGUUGGCUUGGGAGCUCACAUCAACAUCAUUGCGAAAGGCGUCUUAUUCUGCGAUCGG